ACACUGCCCCGUCUGACACUUGGCUCAAGGCUUCUCUUUGAGGGACCGGGGGCCAUCCCCCUCCAGGGCGGAGGUCGGAGGUUGCAGGUCGCUGCUGAGCAUGGCGCCUGCCUGGGGCCAUGGUCUGGCGUCUGUGGUCAGUCCCGUGGGCCUCCUUGUGGUCCUGCUGGUUGGAGGCUGUGCCGCAGAAGAGCCCCCCAGGUUCAUCAAAGAACCCAAGGACCAGAUUGGUGUGUCGGGGGGUGUGGCCUCCUUCGUAUGUCAGGCCACGGGAGAUCCCAGGCCUCGCGUGACCUGGAACAAGAAGGGCAAGAAAGUCAAUUCCCAGCGCUUUGAGACGAUCGAGUUUGAUGGGAGCGCAGGGGCCGUGCUGAGGAUCCAGCCGCUGCGGACACCGCGGGACGAGAACGUGUAUGAGUGCGUGGCCCAGAACUCCGUCGGGGAGAUCACGGUCCAUGCCAAGCUCACUGUCCUCCGAGAGGACCAGCUGCCCCCUGGUUUCCCCAACAUCGACAUGGGCCCCCAGCUGAAGGUGGUGGAGCGGACGCGGACAGCAACUAUGCUGUGUGCUGCCAGCGGCAACCCUGACCCCGAGAUCACCUGGUUCAAGGACUUCUUGCCCGUGGACCCCAGCGCCAGCAACGGGCGCAUCAAGCAGCUGCGAUCAGAAACCUUUGAAAGCACUCCGAUCCGAGGAGCCCUGCAGAUUGAAAGCAGCGAGGAGACCGAUCAGGGCAAAUAUGAGUGUGUGGCCACCAACAGUGCUGGCGUGCGCUACUCCUCACCCGCCAACCUCUACGUGCGAGAGCUUCGAGAAGUCCGCCGCGUGGCUCCACGAUUCUCCAUCCUGCCCAUGAGCCACGAGAUCAUGCCAGGUGGCAACGUGAACAUCACCUGCGUGGCCGUGGGCUCGCCCAUGCCAUACGUCAAGUGGAUGCAGGGGGCGGAGGACCUGACGCCCGAGGAUGACAUGCCUGUGGGCCGGAAUGUGCUGGAACUCACUGAUGUCAAGGACUCUGCCAACUACACGUGUGUGGCCAUGUCCAGCCUGGGUGUCAUCGAGGCCGUGGCUCAGAUCACAGUGAAAUCUCUCCCCAAAGCCCCCGGGACCCCCGUGGUGACAGAGAACACAGCCACCAGCAUCACCAUCACAUGGGACUCAGGCAACCCAGACCCAGUGUCCUACUACGUCAUCGAAUAUAAAUCCAAGAGCCAGGACGGGCCGUACCAGAUCAAAGAGGACAUCACCACGACGCGUUACAGCAUCGGCGGCCUGAGCCCCAACUCGGAGUAUGAGAUCUGGGUGUCAGCCGUCAACUCCAUCGGCCAGGGCCCGCCCAGCGAGUCAGUGGUCACCCGCACAGGCGAGCAGGCCCCGGCCAGCGCGCCGCGUAACGUGCAGGCCCGCAUGCUGAGCGCCACCACCAUGAUCAUCCAGUGGGAGGAGCCUGUGGAACCCAAUGGCCUGAUUCGGGGCUACCGGAUCUACUACACCACGGAGCCGGAGCACCCCGUGGGCAACUGGCAGAAGCACAACGUGGACGACAGCCUGCUGACCACCGUGGGCAGCCUCCUGCAGGAUGAGACCUACACCGUGCGCGUGCUGGCCUUCACCUCCGUGGGCGACGGGCCCCUCUCGGACCCCAUCCAGGUCAAGACGCAGCAGGGAGUGCCCGGCCAGCCCAUGAACUUCCGGGCCGAGGCCAAGUCGGAGACGAGCAUCGGGCUCUCGUGGAGCCCCCCGCGGCAGGAGAGCAUCGUCAAGUACGAGCUGCUGUUCCGGGAAGGCGACCAUGGCCGCGAGGUCGGGAGGACCUUCGACCCGGCCACGGCCUUCGUGGUGGACGACCUCAAGCCCAACACGGAGUACGCCUUCCGCCUGGCGGCGCGCUCCCCGCAGGGCCUGGGCGCCUUCACCUCGGUGGUGCGGCAGCGCACGCUGCAGUCCAAACCGUCAGCCCCCCCUCAAGACGUUAAAUGUGUCAGCACGCGCUCCACGGCCAUUUUGGUAAGUUGGCGCCCGCCGCCGCCGGAAACGCACAACGGGGCCCUGGUGAGCUAUAGCGUCCGCUACCGACCGCUGGGCUCGGAGGACCCGCAACCCAAGGAGGUGAACGGCAUCCCCCCGACCACCACUCAGAUCCUGCUGGAGGCGUUGGACAAGUGGACGGAGUACCGCAUCACGGCUGUCGCUCACACAGAGGUGGGACCAGGGCCCGAGAGCUCGCCCGUGGUCGUCCGCACCGACGAGGACGACUACGUGCGCAUGGAGGGCGCUGAGGCCCGAGGGCCGCCGCGCAUCAAGGACAUCAUGCUGGCCGAUGCCCAGGAGAUGGUCAUCACAAACCUGCAGCCUGAGACUGCCUAUUCCAUCACGGUAGCCGCCUACACCAUGAAAGGCGAUGGCGCUCGCAGCAAACCCAAGGUGGUAGUGACCAAAGGAGCAGUGCUGGGCCGCCCCACCCUGUCGGUGCAGCAGACCCCCGAGGGCAGCCUGCUGGCACGCUGGGAGCCCCCAGCCGGCACCUCCGAGGACCAGGUGCUGGGCUACCGCCUGCAGUUCGGCCGCGAGGACUCGUCACCGCUGGCCACACUAGAGUUCCCGCCCACCGAGGACCACUACACAGCAUCAGGCGUACACAAGGGGGCCACGUAUGUGUUCCGGCUGGCGGCCCGGAGCCGAGGCGGCCUGGGCGAGGAGGCGGCUGAGGUCCUGAGCAUCCCAGAGGACACCCCCCGCGGCCACCCGCAGAUCCUCGAGGCGGCCGGCAACGCCUCAGCCGGCACCGUCCUACUCCGCUGGCUGCCGCCCCGCUCACGGCGCCUCUCUUCUGCUCUCUCCCGCUCGCCGCUGCCUGGCACAGUCUCACCCAAGAACUUUAAGGUGAAGAUGAUCAUGAAGACGUCGGUCCUGCUCAGCUGGGAGUUCCCCGACAACUACAACUCCCCGACGCCCUACAAGAUCCAGUACAAUGGGCUCACGCUGGAUGUGGACGGCCGCACCACCAAGAAGCUCAUCACGCACCUCAAGCCCAACACCUUCUACAACUUCGUGCUGACCAACCGCGGCAGCAGCCUGGGCGGCCUCCAGCAGACAGUCACCGCCUGGACUGCCUUCAACCUGCUCAGCUCCAAGCCCAGCGUGACCCCCAAGCCUGACUCUGACGGCUUCAUUGUGGUGUAUCUGCCCGAUGGCCAGAGCCCCGUGCCUGUCCAGAACUACUUCAUUGUAAUGGUGCCACUACGUAAGUCUCGUGGCGGCCAGUUCCUGACCCCGCUGGGCAGCCCAGAGGAUAUGGACCUGGAGGAGCUGAUCCAGGACAUUGCACGGCUGCAACGGCGCAGCCUGCGGCACUCCCGCCAGCUGGAGGUGCCCCGGCCCUAUAUCGCGGCUCGCUUCUCAGUGUUGCCACCCACCUUCCAUCCCGGCGACCAGAAGCAGUAUGGUGGCUUUGACAACAGGGGCCUGGAGCCUGGCCACCGAUAUGUUCUCUUUGUGCUCGCCGUGCUGCAGAAGAGUGAGCCUACAUUUGCGGCCAGCCCCUUUUCAGACCCCUUCCAGCUGGAUAACCCAGACCCCCAGCCCAUUGUGGACGGCGAGGAGGGGCUCAUCUGGGUGAUCGGGCCCGUGCUGGCGGUGGUCUUCAUCAUCUGCAUCGUGAUUGCCAUCUUGCUCUACAAGAAUAAGCCUGACAGUAAACGCAAGGACUCAGAGCCCCGCACCAAAUGCCUACUGAACAAUGCCGACCUCGCCCCCCACCACCCCAAGGACCCUGUGGAAAUGAGACGCAUUAACUUCCAGACACCAGAUUCAGGCCUCAGCAGCCCCCUCAGGGAGCCGGGGCUUCACUUUGAAAGCAUGCUCAGCCACCCACCCAUCCCCAUCGCGGACAUGGCGGAGCACACGGAACGCCUCAAGGCCAACGACAGCCUCAAGCUCUCCCAGGAGUAUGAGUCCAUCGACCCGGGCCAGCAGUUCACGUGGGAACACUCCAACCUGGAGGUGAACAAGCCCAAGAACCGCUACGCCAACGUCAUCGCCUACGACCACUCUCGCGUCAUCCUCCAGCCCAUCGAAGGCAUCGUGGGCAGCGAUUACAUCAACGCCAACUACGUGGAUGGCUACCGGCGGCAGAACGCCUACAUCGCCACACAGGGGCCGUUGCCCGAGACCUUCGGUGACUUCUGGCGUAUGGUGUGGGAGCAGCGCUCCGCUACCAUUGUCAUGAUGACACGGCUAGAGGAGAAAUCACGGAUCAAAUGUGAUCAGUACUGGCCCAACAGGGGCACGGAGACCUACGGCUUCAUCCAGGUCACGCUGCUGGACACCAUCGAGCUGGCCACGUUCUGUGUGCGGACCUUCUCCCUGCACAAGAACGGCUCCAGCGAGAAACGUGAGGUCCGCCAGUUCCAGUUCACGGCGUGGCCGGACCACGGGGUGCCCGAGUACCCGACGCCAUUCCUGGCUUUCCUGCGGAGAGUCAAGACCUGCAACCCGCCGGACCGCAACUACAUGGUGCAGACCGAGGACCAGUACAGCUUCAUCCACGAGGCCCUGCUGGAGGCCGUGGGCUGCGGCAACACGGAGGUCCCUGCCCGCAGCCUCUACGCCUACAUCCAGAAGCUGGCCCAGGUGGAGCCCGGCGAGCAUGUCACCGGCAUGGAGCUUGAGUUCAAGCGGCUGGCCAACUCCAAAGCCCACACGUCCCGCUUCAUCAGUGCCAACCUGCCUUGUAACAAGUUCAAGAACCGCCUGGUAAACAUCAUGCCCUACGAGAGCACACGGGUCUGCCUGCAGCCCAUCCGGGGCGUGGAGGGCUCCGACUACAUCAACGCCAGCUUCAUCGACGGUUACAGGCAGCAGAAGGCCUACAUCGCCACGCAGGGGCCACUGGCCGAAAGCACGGAGGACUUCUGGCGCAUGCUGUGGGAGAACAACUCGACCAUCGUGGUGAUGCUGACCAAGCUGCGGGAGAUGGGCCGGGAGAAGUGUCACCAGUACUGGCCAGCCGAGCGCUCCGCCCGCUACCAGUACUUCGUGGUGGAUCCGAUGGCGGAAUACAAUAUGCCUCAGUACAUCCUGCGCGAGUUUAAGGUCACAGACGCCCGGGAUGGCCAGUCCCGGACCGUCCGGCAGUUCCAGUUCACGGACUGGCCGGAACAGGGCGUGCCAAAGUCGGGGGAGGGCUUCAUCGACUUCAUCGGCCAGGUGCACAAGACCAAGGAACAGUUCGGCCAGGAUGGCCCCAUCUCUGUCCACUGCAGUGCCGGCGUGGGCAGGACGGGCGUCUUCAUCACGCUCAGCAUCGUGCUGGAGCGGAUGCGGUACGAAGGCGUGGUGGACAUAUUCCAGACCGUGAAGAUGCUGCGGACCCAGAGGCCGGCCAUGGUGCAGACGGAGGACGAGUACCAGCUCUGCUCCUUCAUCCUCUUACAAGGGCACCCCACCCUCAUGACCUUAUCCAAACCCAGUUACCUCCCAAGGGCCUCACCUCCAAACACCAUGACGCUGGGAGUUAAGGCUUCAACAUAUGGAUUCUGGGGACGGGGGGAGCAAGUCAGUCCCUGGCAGGACUCCAGGGAGAAAGAAGUGUGA